AUGCUGCCCCCUAUCCMUAAGAAGGGUUACUCUCCCUCCACCUCCCCUCCAGCCUCCCCCCUCUGCUCCAGCUCCCUCCACUUCACUCCCCUCUGCCUCCAGCUCCCCUCACCCUCUUACCCCCCUCCCCCCUUGCCCUCCACCUCCCCUCAACACCCUCCCUUCCCUCUAGCCGUCCACUGCCCCUCAUCUCCCUCCCUCUGCCUCCGCUCCACCUCACCUCCCACUCCCCUCUGCCCCACCUCCCUCACCUCCCCUCCGUGCCUCCACCUACCCCCAUCCCCCUCCCCUGCCCUCCCUCCCCUGCCCCCUCCAGCCUCCCCUCAUCUCAGUCCCUCCACCUCCCCCCUUCCCACCUCCCCUCCAACCUCCCCGCCCUCCACCUCCCUUCUCCCUCCGCACCUCCGCCUCACCACCUCCCCCUGCCUCACCUCCCCUCACCUCCCUCUGCCUCCAACAAUGCUAAAGGACGACUCUUUGCUACUCAUACCUAAUGUGCUGAAGGUGUUCCUGGAGAAUGGUCAGAUCAAGUCCUUUACGUUUGACAGCCGCACCACUGUCAGGGAUGUGAUCUCGUCCCUGCAGGACCGCCUGUCYCUGCGUUACAUCGAGCACUUUGCCCUGGUGCUGGAGUCAGGUGGGCUGGACCAGAACCAGAGACUACACCUGCUGCAGGAKAACCAGCCRCUCUCACAUAGUCGCAAUGACGUCAUCAAAGAGCGCUUCGGGAUGGACUGGAAGUCUGACGUCACACUGCGGCUGGCGGCGCUUCAUAUCUACAUCACGGUGUCAUCGGCCAGACCCAAUCAGAAGAUCUCGCUCAAGAAUGUGGAGAAGGAGUGGGGUCUGGAACCUUUCCUCCCCCUCACUCUACUUCCCACCAUCAAGGAGAAGAAUGUGUGUAAGACCCUGUCACAGCUGCUCAAGACCUAUCAGCAUCUGCCGCCCUCCGGCAACAAGGUCCCUCCUCUCCAGGGAAAGCUGCAGUACAUGCGUGUGCUCAACGAUCUUCCGCCCUUUGGAGGCUUGCUGUUCCACACCGUCGGACUAGAUGAGAAGCAGUCGGCCACUACGCUGCUGGUGGGUCCGCGGCACGGCAUCGGUCAUGUGAUCGACCUGAAGAACAACCUGACCACGGUUCUGACAGAGUUCAGUCGCGUUGCUAAGAUACAGCUGCACCGGGAGAACCAGGGCGUUGCCCGCGUAGAGGUGGCCAUACAGGAGGCCAAGCCUCUGGUCCUGUUGAUGGAGUGGCCUGAUGCCAGUAACUUCGCCUGUCUCAUCUCCGGCUACUACAAGCUGUUUGUGGAUCCCAAACGAACCAUCUACCACCUGACUCCUGGUCAGUCUUAUAUGAUCAAGGCAGAUUACAGAGGUUCCCACCASGCCCACCCGCGCUCCGGCACCACAGCAGCGUCCAGUGGGGACCGACGAGGGGACGAGAGGGAAAGACCCCAUACGAGGGACCCAGGGUCCCAGUCUCAGAWUACAGCGACCGCCCCACAGCCCGCAGAGUCCCAACACCUGGGUCUUUGCCACGUCCAUCUCCGGGAGCAACAACAGCUGCAGGAGCUCCAAAUGCAGGCAGAACCCGAGCUCGACGUCAACGAGAACUUAAUUUCCCAAGAGGCACCAGGGCGGCCACGUACCAAGUCUGACCCGACGCUGCAGAAAACGGAGAGGAUCGGCGGGAGGCCGGAAAGCCCCGUCCAGGAGAGCUCAGUGGUCUUCAGGAGCAGAGCCCAAACCAUGGGGCAGUCCCAGCGAGCUACACGGUUCUUCUGUGACUCCUGCAAGGCCAGGUUGCAGGCAGUAGGUGGCUGUGUUGCCGGUGGACGCAGCGGCGCCUCAUCGAGCAGUGCUCCAGCGCCUGUGCUCCCGCGAUGGAGGUGCAGUAGACCUGAUGCCCUCUCCCCCGGGGAAAUGAGAGAGGAGGAAGAAGAGGGCAACAGCUCGGACGAAGAUGACGCAAAAGGCGGAAGCUCGCCCCAAACCCGUCACCCGUCCAAGCUGCAACCGGGCUGCAGUCAGCAAGAGCUCUGCCAAGGCUCUCUUCCAAGGAAGUGGUACCAGCUCGAGGAUGUCCGGCCUUGGGCCCUAGCGCAUCAGAGGACUCUCCCAUCACCCAACGACAGCUCAGACAACAGCUCACAUGCCGCGCUCAUCCUGCUGUAUCAUUCCUCAUUACGCAGACGGUUGAUUGUGUUGGCGGCCAUUACGCCUGAGUCAUCGCUAGACUCAGGGCACGAGACCAACUCCUCUGAGCUGACAGACGUCUCAGARAUGGUGUCGGCCAUGAAGCAGCACCAGAACCAGGCCUACCUGCUGGCCCACCACAUCAGCAAGGAGCGUAUCUUCAGUCGCAGAGACUUCCCCUUGGCCAUACCAGGCUGCACCGCCCAGACUAUUGGAGGCGGUGCAUUCUCCAUGGGUCAGAUCCGCAGCGGCUGCCCCUCGAAACCAAUGAUCCUCAGUAAGACUGUUCCCCUAAAGCKUAGCCCUGGUCAGGAGACUGCCAGUCCAGGUCUCAGCACAGUGGAGCAGAGGAGUGACGUUACCCAAGACCCAACGCAGAGUGAGCCGAGUGAAGGCAAGAAGGCAAAACCAGAGCCCACCAAAGCGUGCACCCCAGACCACCCUGCGAAGUCACCUGAGGAGCUGAAAGUCUCCGAUCCAGGGCAGGCACCUAAGGUCGGCAAGGAUCAGAGGUUGCCCGGUACUGCUGUGGGCAAACUAAGCCCGAAUUUCGCUGCRGGGGUCAAGGGGAAGAAGUCUGGGCCUCUGAGCCCAGACACUACCAACAAAGCCUUACCCAUUCUCUUGCCUGUGGACAGAACUGCCUCCGCCAAGAUUUGCCCCACAAACAUGUGCCAAGAUGCCGAGACUGCCUCUAGCAAGACCAUCAAGCCUUCAAGCUCUAAAGACCUCUUGCCAAUUGAUGACCUGUUCUGCACGUGCCCAGUUAGAGAACCCGGGCCACAGCUAAGACUGAAGGAUCCACAUACCCAAAAGGUGGUGGUGUUCCACUCCUCUUCCCCGACAGAUGAUGAGCGUCUUUGUGCCAAAGGCCUCCAACUGGCCAGCAGCAAAGAGAGCGCAGCGAGAGGAGCAGGAGAAGACCCCAUCUUGGCCAAGCCCAGACCCCAGGUCCCAACCAAGUACUCCCAGUCCCCACACAUGCCUGUGAAAGCUGAGAGGAAGGAAGCAGCAGAGGCCAAGGCAGAGAGGUCCCAGGGUAAAGCUCAAGCUGAGCCACAUAAAUGCCCCCUGAAGACACUACCUCUCCUGGGAGACCCCACACACCCUACCUGCUCUGUGGACAAGGUCUCCACUCUCCCAUCUGCCAACAGCAAGAACCAGGGUGGCGGUAAAGGGAAGGCUCAGCGUAGCGCUCCCUUCCUAAGUAUCAAGAACCUUCUGUCGGCCACCUUCCCAGCUCGGAUUCGACGGGAGACUGAUGAGCGCCGAGCCCAGCUCCAGAAGGUCCGGCAGUACGAGUUAGAGUUUCUGGAAGAACUUCUGAAGCCCAAAUCAUCUGGGGGCGAGUACCUACCCCAGGGAUCCUCGCCAGUCCCCUCAUGCACCCCAUGUGCUUGCCAGCUCCUUACAAGUCCUGUGCUAAAAGCCCCUGGAAUCUCCAGAGAACAGCGCCGCAGCUGCGACUGCAAGAGGAUGUGCAGAGGCAUCCGACUGCCCGAUACGCCGGUCGGCUCAAUUGCAGAGACACAGCAGCAUAGGGGCAGAGAGAGACCCCUCUCCAAGACCCCUCCAGCGACCUCCAAAACCCCUCACCCCCAGGGAGGUCAGAGGAGACCUCAGACCUUAGAGAUCAAGACCACCCGAAUCCGCUCGACCAGUCUGGAGUCACRGGAACCCAGGGGGGAGCAGGCUUCCUGCUUGCCCACCUGCACGUCUCGCACACCAGACUGCAUGGGCGCCCCGCAGUACAAGAAGCUCCAGAGGCGGUAUAGCAUCGGUGAGGUGGACAACUCUGAAGGCACCCAGCUGUACACCGAGAUCAAACCCAAAGCAAAGAACCUGGAGAAGGAGAUGGAGCGAGUGAGGGCCGCAGGGCUGAGGCUUCCAACAACCGUGGAGCCCGUUCACAAUCAAACUGAAACUCACACGACUGCUGCAGAGGCAAAGGGGAAAAAAGGAGUGUUCUUCAUMCAGGGAGAAGAGCUGCUGAGGGAGAGCAGAGAGGGGGCGCCGACGGAGAUACUGCUGGGGCUGCCUAGCGAGGACAGUGAUGACAGGGAGAAGUGCUGCUCUUUCUGUUUCUGCUACAGGAAGUGUGAAGCGGCAGACGAGAGCAGCGAGAAAGAAGAGCUCUCCUACUCCACCACCCUCCAGGUCCUGCCCGGGAUGCAGCGGGGCUCUCAGACCUUGCCCAUUGUCAGCAAAACGCUCCAGGUUCUCCACGCUGAGGGCUGCAGUGGGGAGGAGGAGGAAGUAGAGGAAGAAGAAGAAGAAGAGCCGCAGACACAGGAGAUCGACCUCCGGGCAUGCGGGACUCUGGAGGGGAGCCUGGCGAGGGUCGAAUCCCUGCAAGGAAAGACGUUCAGCCUGCCGGACGGUUUCCUCAAUGCCCAGCUGGAUGCUAAUGAGCUGCUAGCCAUCCUGCGUCAGUGCGCUAACAUUCCCCARGUGGAUAACGAAUCACGCCUACAGCCGUCCCGGAUCGUCGAGUACAAGCAGGAGCUGGCAGUGCGCUUCAAGGAGUUCAGGGCGGCGUGCCGGCGGGUGGCGAGCGUUGAGAAGAGCCCCACUCGCAUGCUGAGCGUUGUUACGGCCAGCUUCCUGGUCCUCUGCGAACUGACUCAGACCUUCAUCAAGCUGGUUAGAGGGGUGCGUUCAGAGGCCCAAAGGCUGCAGCUGCUGAGGAAGGUUGAAGAGGUUGCUAUCAAUUACACUUUGCUGUUGCGUGCAGCCGAGGAGGCGAUGGGCCACUCCAGUAGCCUGCCUAACAAGAGCGUGAGUCCCCAAGUUACUACAACCACCACCAACAUGGGCUCCCUCUCUCGCCCAAUCAAAACCCUGCCUACCCAGUAGAGACAAAGAAUGGGGAAGUUAGUAAAUAAUCAUAUAUGACAGUUGGGAGGGUGGGUGGCUGGGCCCACACUCCCAAUGUUCAGUAGUUAUUUAUUGUUUACAGGACAUGCAAUGAUCCAUCCUCAGCAAAAAUCGCAAUGCAACUGCUCCAUUAUGCGUUUACAGGGGCUGUGGCAGUUGCAGCCUAGAGUGGCCCUGUGGUGUUCUAGCAUAAGAGACAGACGCCUGGGCACCGCUGUACAAAAGGUGCAAGGACCGACACCUCUGAAACGCUGGGUGAAAACAGGGCUAACCACUCCUCCAUGUCAACUCUCACAUUACACAGAUCCUUCUCAUUCUUUUCGAUGUAUAUUUGAGUUGUAUCUUUUUAGCAAAGUAUACCAUUUUGUGGAGAAUAAAAAAUAAUGAAAAUAAUAUAUAAAAUGAUAUUGAGUAUAACAAAUAUAAAGAGUAAUACAUCUACAAUAAAUCUUCAGACAUUUUAAUGUGCUCUGGGAAAAAAUACCGCAGAGAAAACGUCAAAGUAGCGAAUUCUGUGAAUUAGGUAGUCCAAAGCCUGGGUUAGUAGUUGACGUGUUUGUUUGUUAAAUUUUCUAACUGUUGUGACACAAUAAGUUCUGUUGGUCAUCUGGACAAUGUCAUGACCUGCACUUCAACAAUAUCACAUACAUCACAUUCAGAAUGUUGGAAAUUGUACCUCCUGUAAGAUUGGAAAAUCCACACAUUUGAAUUGGGUUGAUAUAAAACAAACAUGGGGGCCAUUUACUCAUCUGUAGAAUAAAACCACCGGUAUGUAACACCUAGUGUGGGCAGACAUAACAGAAACGCUAACUCACUAGUAGCUAACCAAUCAGCUGGUUAGGAUCAAUGUUCUUCAUGAAGGAAAUGAAGGCAGCUCCGCUCUGCAGUAUUUAGUGUAGUCAACCUCACAUUGCUGUCUUGGUUAGAGACAUACACACAGUACUCACACACGACAAUCACAAUCCACACUAAACCGGCACAUCAACACUUGUAAAUGAGAGAUCCACUUUAGCAAGCUUAGCCUUCUACUUUUGCACAGCCUUCAGCAUUUGCUCCUGCUCACACAUGAUCUACGUUCAUGUUUUGUUUACAUUCAGUCAACUGAACACUGCUCUAGAAAACAAACUCCUCAUACACCUUCCAUUUUAUAAACUAUUUCAUCUUAGAAAAGAUUCAAGUUGCUAUAUUCUUCUCUACAAUAAUUUUACAGGAUUCUGUGUCACAAACAAUUCAAUGGGGUUAUACUUUUUGCUCUCUAUAUGUGCUGUUAUCCCUUGUGCAAUACAGGAGAUAUAUAUAAAUCACUAACACACAAAGUAGUUUUCUAUGUAUUUUAAUAAAACUGACAACUGUGUAUUCUGUCUGAAAACGUCUUUCUGUCUCAUCCUGUUGUCAAACCACAGAGAUGGAAGCAGCCUACAGCUAACCUCAACAGAAACUAUUCAGACUCUGUCCGUAACUGUUAUACUCUGACAGGAUACUGUUCAUACCAGGCCACGUGAAUUCUUUCACUGCGCUACUGUCUUGCAUGUUUCUCCAAUUCUACCUUUGUUCUUGGAGUUACAAGAAGCAGAAACGGUCAAGUUACCAGUGGUGUUGGCAGAUACAGUGUUACUACUAGUUUUAUGAAGUGAGAAAGAAAGAAUAUACACCCACAAAAAAUAUGAGGAGGCUACUUAUGCCAAUAAUGUUUUGCAAUGGAAAUUCUGUAUGCGGAGUUGUGUUAUUCUACACUCAAGAUGUAAAUAUUGUAAAACAGUGGGAAUAUUUGUGAGCCUGGAAAACACUUUUAAAUUACUAACUGACGUGUGAAGUUUGGUUCCGAAUUCUUCACCGUUUUGUAAAAAAAGAGAAAACAUGUCUGUACUGUAUCAUUUAUAGUAGUUAUGUUCCAUAGAAAACUAAUAGCGAAAACUUAUAUUUUAAGAGUAUAUAAUGAGUAUAAAGCAUGGGACAUGUUUAUUUUUUAUAAAAACUAAAUAUUUACUGUAUCAAGCAACAUUCUCUCAUCAUGACCACCUGGAAAUGUUUUCAAACAUUUCGUUUUUGACGUAAUGAUAAUAUACAAAUAUAUUGUGUGGUUGUCAUUGUUGAGUUGCGUUGUUGCCAUAUUGUGAAUGUGUCUCUAUGUUCCAUAACAUAAUGGACCUUUGUUCCAUAACAUAAUGGACCUAUAUUCCAUAAUGUAAUGGACCUAUAUUCCAUAACGUAAUGGACCUAUAUUCCAUAACAUAAUGGACCUAUAUUCCAUAACGUAAUGGACCUUUGUUC